AUGCGGCCACCUCUAGAGCGAAGCAAAUGUUGUGGCGUGAGGACUGGGGUUGGUAUUUGUGAGACCUCUGGUUCUUUCCACUUCCACGAUGUUCGCCUGAGGCGAUUCCAAAUCAGCAUCCAACUUGCCAUCUCAUCGACAGUUAGAGGGCGGCGACCAUUCCUGCCGAGUGGCGAGAGAAGGAUCGACUACGUCCUGAUGUCUCUUCACAUCGGUAAUCUAUCUGCGCGCACUCGAAGAGAUGAGCUUGAGCGUGUCUUCUGUAGAUUUGGACAUUGUAACGUUCGGCUGAAAGGAGAAGGCUAUGGUUUUGUGGUAUAUGACUUCCCUCCAGAUGCAGAGAAAGCUUUGAUAGCACUGCAAGGCAGAAAUAUAUGUGGGGAGCAGCUAACUCUCACGUGGUCAAAGAAACAACCCAAAUCGUUUCAAAGGUUUGCUAGGAGUGGUCGAAAUUAUGAAAUGCAACGAGUGAGGAAUUCUGAUAUAGCAGGCAUUGCAAGAAGGAAAAUGAAUUUAAAUGGAUGGAGGAAUUUCAAAAUUGGUAAUGAUGUAAGGAAUAACUCAGUUGACAUGCCUAGUGGAGAGAGGGAUUAUCAUCAUGAUGAUUUUAAAGAUUUUGAUGGGGAAGAAAAAGAUUACAGGCAAGGCUUUUCAGAUGAUGGAGCAGGAGCCUGUCAUAACUUUGAGGACAAUGGUAGGUGGGGUGAGUCGAUUCAUGACUCAUCAAUUGACAAUGGGAAUGAAAAUGCUGUUGAUUUUGAUCAAUAUGAACCUUAUCAUGGUUAUGACAAGAAGCAUGAGAAUGAAAAUCACCACUUAGGUUACGCUAGUGAUUCUCCUGCAGAAAACUCCCAUAAAAAUGGGGGUAGAGCAAGGAUUGGUGAUGAGACUUCCAACCAUCCACGUCACCGAGUGUAUGGGCAAACUUGUUAUAGAUGUGGUGAUACAGGUCACAAAAUGCGUAACUGUCCUAAAAACAGUUUAUCCCGCAGAAAAUACAGCAGGUGGGAUGAUGGGCAAGCUGAUAAAAUAAAUUGGAAACGUAGGUUUGAAGAUGAUUCCAAUAAAUUUGGAUCUGUUCUCUGGUGA